UAUGGUGAAAUGGAUGACUGGGACAACAAUGAUGAAUUCAUUCAGCGACUGGAUUUUUCCAGUUGUGGCGAAGAUAGUGAAGACAGAAGCGUAAAUGAGGAGGACGCCCUGAGCUCGAGCCCCUCCAGGAGCUGUGAGUUCCAGAAGUGGCAAGGGAGCAGUCCUCUGCUAGCAACCCCUCAGAGAAAGUUUAGUGAGAUUUUCCUGAGCAGGACGAAAGCCUGGGUGAGUCCCACCCUGAAGCCUUCCCCGGCCGUGAGUAAGAGCUGGGGUGAUGCCGAGACACCGCUGCAUGUCACCUGGAAAAAGCUGCAGCUGUGUGACACCCCGCACACUCCCAAGAGCCUGUUAUCGAAGACAGCUUUUCCUUCGUCUGGGACAAAGGUCCCACCCAAAGGCUUCCGACAUCUGAGAUUUACUCCUGGUGCUGACUCAGAUGACUCUACCCAAGCUUCUCUUGUCAACAUUAAUCCCUUUACACCAGAGUCGUAUCGACAAAUGCUCUUUCUUCCUAAUGGCAAGCGGAAGACCAGAGGAGAGCUGAAGGAUCCUGAUCCAAGAAGCCAGAGAAAACAGGAGCUACCUACAAAGAGAUACCCUCUGAAAGAGAGCAAUAUGGUUUCCCGCUACAAGAAGGAGUUCCUGGAACUAGAAAAAAUUGGUGUGGGGGAAUUUGGCUCUGUCUACAAGUGCAUCAAACGUCUUGAUGGAUGUGUUUAUGCCAUCAAACGCUCCAAAAGGCCUCUGGCAGGAUCCUCGGAUGAGCAGCUGGCAUUGCGCGAGGUUUAUGCUCACGCUGUCCUUGGACACCACCCCCAUGUUGUGCGCUACUACUCGGCGUGGGCAGAGGACGAUCACAUGAUUAUCCAAAAUGAACACUGCAAUGGUGGGAGUCUCCAAGGCAUGCUGCUGGAAAAUGCAAAGGUUGGCCAGUAUUUCCCAGAAGCAGAGCUGAAAGAAAUAUUGUUACAAGUCUCCAUGGGGCUAAAAUACAUCCAUAACUCUGGCCUUGUGCACCUGGAUAUCAAACCUAGUAAUAUCUUCAUCUGUCACAAGCUGGCAGUUGCAGGCCCUGCUGGGCAGGAAGAGAGUGACAGUGAAGAUGAGUUCUCUUCUGGUGUGGUGUAUAAGAUUGGUGACCUUGGCCAUGUGACAUCAAUAACAAAUCCCCAGGUGGAGGAAGGAGACAGACGGUUUUUGGCCAAUGAGAUUUUGCAAGAGCAAUACUGCUAUUUGCCGAAGGCAGACAUCUUUGCCCUGGCACUCACAGUAGCUCUAGCAGCCGGGACGGCACCGCUGCCUCACAACGGGGCCAUGUGGCACCACAUCCGCAAAGGCAAUAUCCCACCGAUCCCCCAGAAGCUUCCUCAUCGCUUUCUUGAACUCCUCAAGCUCAUGAUCCAUCCUGACCCAGUGGAAAGACCUUCUGCCACAGCUCUUACUAAACAUCCAGUUCUCCGUCCUUCACGUGGAAAAGCUGUGCAGCUCCAGAAGCAGCUAAAUGUGGAGAAGUGCAAGACUGCCAUGCUGGAAAGGGAACUUAAAGCAGCCCGCCUUGCCCAGACCCUCAUGAAGAACCAGCCCUUAGGAAGUGCCAAGUUGCAAGAGUCUGAAACCUCUUCUAAGCAGAACAGCAAGCGCCUGGUGGGAGGGAAGAGCUGUCGCUCAGUUAGCUUUACUUUGGGUUACUGAACUUCUGUGUUGUCCAAAAACCUCUGGCUGCUGAAUGGCCCUGUGAAAGCAGAGGGUCUGCACAGACCAAUGCCCCAUAUUAGCUCUCCCUGUCGUGGUUUUUGGUUCCCUCAUUCAUUAUGAUGAGAUGUUGGCUGAGGGAAGAAUGACUAUCUUACAAGUGUCAGAUCAUGGGAUUUAAGAUUAUUGCCCUCAGUCUUUUACCUGUUUAAUUUCUUGUGUAACUGGUCUUGUUCUAGACUAAGAAUAGCUUUGCCAUACAAGGGAAAGGAUGGCAUUUCCUCUACUUGCUUCCCUCUCUUUUAGUUGGGCCCUAUUACUGAUGAUGUUUUUGUGGUCUUAACACUCUGGCCACCUGUGUAUCUUUAGAGGGGAGACAGUGGCUGUACAUGGAGACAGCAUCUGCAGCUGGGUCCUCCUACAAGUGAGGAGGUGGGGACUAUGGUAGACAGUUUUAACCGCACAUCAGGAGACAGACCGGUUACAUAGCAGUCCUGGUGGACUUGGGAUGCAGUUGGAGUGGCAUUUCACUGAGGGGGACAAAGAGUGAAAGGAAACACUUUGAGUUAAGGGGGCCUUACUUGUGGAAGUUGAGGGAAAACUUUCCCUCCCUUAACUUCCAGCAACAAGCACAGUAUCAUGUAACUGAUGGGGUUAAGCUCUUGCAGACUAGUCCCUGAUG